AAGAAAGAAAAAAGGGUUAGAUUCGAUCAAUUAACUAGAACCAUAAAUAAUGCUUGAAUUGAAUGUAGGUGACUUUCUGUCACAGUCUUAGCGGGUUAAACCUUGGGUUAGUUGGAACCCAACCCCAACACAACAAACAACAACGUUAUUAGGUAAACACGAGGAGAACAAGAAUCAAAGGAAGCGAUCAAGAAAAAAAGCGAAUGGUUAGAAUGAAAAGAAGAUCAACUCUUGUUAGCUUGGCUUUUCUUAUGUUGAUGGGUAUUGCGGUCUAUUUCAGACUUUGGGCUAUUGACUACAACAUUUCUAUUGAUGACUCUGAAAUCUUAAGGCGACAGUUUGAUAUUGCUAAUAGGGAGGCUAUGGAUGAAUCUGCUGAAUGGAGGCAAAAGUAUGAUUCGGAGGUAGAUAGAGUGAAUAAAUGCCUCAAGAAACUUCAAGUGUUUAAGGAGUCCUCUCCGAAAGCAGAGGAUGCUUCUGGUUCCGGUAUUAAACAUAAAUUUGCAGUACUGCAAAAGGAGAAUGCAAUCUUACUUGAAAGGGUGGAAACAUUAAAACGAGAGCUUGAAGAGGAAAAAUCGAAGUGCAAUUCACGACACAUGAACUAAUCAUGAAAGCAUUGACUUAGAGUGGAUUAUUUCUCCCGUUGUCCUCAAGUAUUCCAUUUCUAAGCUCAGAACAUUUGAAAGAUAUUUGUCGUAAACCAUUUUCAACCAUGGAAGAAUUUUGAUUGGAUUGUUCAUGGUCUCAAAUUUUCACCUUAGAGAAACCGGCAUCCAGGGAAAUGCGGGAGUCAAACUCACUAUCCCUCCCCCCUCCCCAGUUACAAUUUAGGUGAUUUUAUUUUCGACAAACAUGUUUCUUUAUCUCCAUAGACGUCUAUUAGCUUACAUUGUUUAGUUUAUUUUAGAAAGAACGGGUGUAUAAUCGUGUUGUAGUCUUGUAUCUUGCUAAUGCAGCUUUUCUCUGGUAGUAGAUAUCCAGUUCUUCUA